AGCAAAUUAUAACGAGACUAAUAAAAUAUCUGAUGUAAUAAGUUUUGAUUUGGUGAAAGGUUAAAAAAUAUAAGGUUUCAAAACAGGUUGUUAUUUAAAAAAAUAAUAAUUAAAAUUUAAAUUCACAAAAUUAUAUUGGCGAUGUCUUUGACAAUAGUUAUAUCAUUCCUAUCAUAAGCAUAAAAGGAACAAAACUCCAUAAAAUCGGUAGGGCUAUUAAGAACCAUUUCCAGUAAAAACAUUAUAACUACAUUUCCCAAUGCAUGAAAAUGAAAUGUUGUAUAGCACAAAAAAAACUUAAAUAAAUUAAAACAACACUGUCAAUUCGUUGCACAUGUUGGGCAGAACCAUACCGUUCAUCCCCCGAAUCAGGGCGAUUGCCAGUAAUGCCCUCGUUCUUUUCGAAGUUUCUAUCAACGGCGUCGGCCACAUGUUCGCUCGUGAGACGAGAUUUUUCGCGAAAUACCAUUAAAUUAUGGUCAAAAGUGCUGUGAAAUCAUAAGAAGGUGCUGAAUAAACUUGACAGUGACAUUGUACAAUUGAAUUGAAGUGGAAAUUUGCAAUAGUUUGCACGUAAACUCAAUUAAAAGAAAUUUUCAAAUACGCAAAAAGACUACGUUUUUUUCGUCUCUCUUUAUAUCAUUAUUCUUCGUUGUCGAAUUGUCAAUUUCGUCGUACUUUGCAUUCGGUUCGAAACUGUGCUUCGUAUGUGAUUUUCGGUUUUGCACGAAUAGAAUUGUAUGUGUAGAAAAUUGUACACAAAGCAAAAACCGCAAUAAAGACGUGUUAAGAAGAAAACACAAAGCGUGCGAAUCGGAUUUUGAACUGUGUGAAUCUUAGCGAAUCGACGUUGUGAGUAUUUGUUAGCAGUGCAACUUAUAUAGUAUAUUAAAGAGACAUCAAGUCUUGCAAUGUGCUAAAAUAUUAAAAAAUUUUAAUUUCUGUAGAAAUGUGUAAAUUUUUGUUUUAUGUUUCGUGCUCUACGGUCAGCUGACAGAAACAGAGGUGCAUUUAAUUUCAAUGUUGCAUAAUACGAAGAUCUAGGUUAUGGUACUUAUACGGAUUAUGCAGUGUUAUUUGUUAAUUAUUCAGAGAUGAAAAGCUUUUUCACAUAUAUAAUAUAUAAAUAUAUAUGUGCAUAUAUAUGUUUACCAUAAUAUUUACAUUACAGUUUGUUGCCCUAUAGCAUAGAUUAUAUGUCAUAAGUGAUACCUCAAAAUUGUUACUUUUGCAUGCAACUCUGUAUACGAAAAAUUCGAAAUGUCAAUUGAUAGUGUUUUUUCUUCCUUUCGCUUUCUUUUUAUUUGAAGUUUGACAGUGUGUACAAAUUACUUAACCUCACUUUUGACCAUAUUUUCUUACUAUUUGACAUCCGUUGAAAUAUUACGCGAAAUUUCAUAAAAUUUUGUAUUAUUUUUCCGACGAAAAAUUGUAAUAAGUCGAUAGGACGUUUGAUUUGUUAAUAUCAAUAAAUAAUAUUUCAAUGUCGUUGAUCCGUUGUAAAAAUUUGGCUUGAAAAAUUUCAUUUUCAGUUUCAAGCUUAUCGCUGUCGCUCAAAGGACAUGAUGUCAUUUGCGAUUGUAGUGAAUGAAUAUUUGAAUACUUCUUCAACUUAAUCUAAUUUCUUAUGCAAAGCUUCAACGACAAUUUUUUGAAGACAUUAAAGUGUUAAAGAAAUGUUGUCAUCUUGAUAAGUCCUAUUAGCUAAACGAAUACGUUUGAUUUUAUUGAAGCGGUCCUAGUUGGUAGUAGUCCGCAAGAACUAGCUACCUUUUUUAACUUCAUAAGAGUUGUCAACGUCUAUUUAUUGAUUUGUUUGAACGUUUUUGUCAUAUUCAUUGGGCAAGGAAGCAACAAAGAGUUUCCACAACGUUUCAGCAUUUUCUGGAGUAAGUAACGUAAUUGACGUUACCGAUACUCCGGAGUCACACGAUAUACGACCUUAAACUAACAUGUCAGCAGCUAAAGAAGAAACUUCAAAAACGAGCGCCACCACUGCCACUCCAACGGUGGUCGCUCCCUCUGGUCAAACGUCUACCCCAGCUUCUACUUCGUACGCUAAUGUAUUGCAAAACUUGGAGGCCAAAAAAGGUGCCAUAGCUAAAAGCGAAACCGACGACGUCGCCGUUGCUGAUUCUGACAACAAAGAAAACCAGCCAAAUCUUAAAACAAUUAAGUCAUGGAGUGAGGAGGCCGCUGCUGUUGAAGCAGCUACUGAAAACUUACCCAAUACCGUGGUUGAAGCUAGUGCUUCAGUGACCGGUGAAAAACGGGCUGCAAAUACGGAUGCUGGCGCUGAAAACUCUUCGGAAAUCGAUGAUAAUAAUGAUUUUGUACCAGUAGUUUCGCAUCAUCGCCGUGAUCGUAAAAAGCCACGUAAAGAGAAACCUUUUGGACGUGAACGGCAAAGUGGCAACGGAAAUAAUACCAAUGAAAAGCUAACUAGUGGAGGCGGUGGACAGCGUUCCGGUGGCGGCAAUGGCAAUGGAAAUGGUGGUGGUGGUGAAGGUGGAAAAAAUAAACGCAUAGGGGGAGUAGGUGUCAGUGGUGCUAGUGACAAAGAUGGAGAUAAAAAGUAUACUAGCCGUCCACGUCAACGCGCCGGUAGUCCACGUAAGGGUGUUGCUGGCGGCGCACCAAAGUCUCCAAAGGAGCGCAAAGAUACUUCGCCAAGCGCUAGUGUCGAAAACACAAGCAGUGGAAAUGAAGCAAAAAGUAGCGACGCCGAAACUCCAGCGACUGGACCAAACGGCGCCCCAGUUGCACCUCCUCAACCUAAGAAAUACGUUGCGGCCCCCCCGCCAAAAGUAAACGCUUGGAAGAUAUCAAAACAAUCUUCCAGCCCCAAAACGACCGGUUCGUCGCCAUUAGAAAACAAGCGUGUUUUACAACCUAAACAACAGCAGCCGCAGCAAACGCAGCAACAACCCCAAAAAGUUGCCAACAAUUCAGAGACUGCUCCGGCGCAUACUAAUCCAGUUGUUGAUAGCAAUAAAAGCAACAAUCCAAACACCGACAGCAGUAAGGCAGCAACCACUCAAGACGAGGUAAACACAACAACAGCGUCAAGCUCAACAGCAGCAGCCCCGGCGGCAGCAGCAGCAGCAACAACAACUAUUGUUGUGCCCCCAACAGACGUAGCACCGACUACGAUUGUGAAUAAAGGCAAGAAAGUCAAUCAAAAGGCAAGCGAUUUUACCAAUGCUGGCGAUUGGCCUAUGCUAAUAGGUGGCAAGCCCACGAAUAACGAAUCUAAACGUUCCACGAAACAAAAGCAGCGUUCUGCAAACGCAACAAAUAACAACAAUAAAGAGGAUAACGCUAGCACAGGUGCAGCAGCAACAGUAGCAGCAGCAGCAGCACAAAGCAACGCUGAUCAAGCAGCAGCAACAACAAGCAGUAGUGCCACAGCAGGCGAUAAAGCUACAACAACAAGUCAAACACCAAAUGAGUCCAUUAAGUCUAGCACGCAAUCAGGCAACGGUGAAGGCAGCAGUGGAUCUACUGCCACAAAUGCCACAGCAGCAGUCAACACAAGCUCAGGAUCAAAUGGCAUCAAUAAGAAGAUUCCCAAACAUAAGUGGCGACCUCUGCAAAUCGACCUUGCAAAAUCCAGCCGCCCGAAACCGAUUGGACGCCCCACUAGACGUUUACCAAACACUUCGUCUCGCUAUUACCAGCAGCAACAUCAGUACCACAAUCAAGAGCAACGCACCAGUGGCGGUGAUCACAACAAUGUCGGAGGCGCAACAGAACAACAACAGCGCAGCGAUUGGCGUCAACAUGCACCGCCAAGUGCCGGUAGCGGCGAGCGCCCAGCGCGGCCCACUUCCCGCCCUACUGAGCGCAUUGAUUCCUGGCGUAGCGGCAGCGGCACCGAGCGCAGUAGUGCCGUCGCAGAACGUGACUACGAGCGGCCAGCGCGCUCGCAACGGCGCUUCCGGACGUCCUAUCGCGGCGGGCGGCAAGGGCGCGGUGGAUUCUCAAGACCGGGACCAGGUCGUACGUCAAAUCGCAUACCACGCCAUCUGUUAACCAGUGGCGAAUACGCAAGCUAUUUGCCGGCGGAUGCAGCCGGUGUCGAACAGUCCUCGUUUGUGCUCAUGGGCACGCACUAUUACGGCUCAGUGCCGGCGGCCUAUAUUGAAAUGGACGCACAAGCGGUUAAGGAUGCGAUCAAGAAACAAGUUGAAUACUACUUCAGCGAAGAGAAUUUAACUGGCGAUUUCUUUCUGCGUCGUAAAAUGGACCCAGAAGGUUGUAUUCCAGUCACAUUGAUUGCUUCUUUUCAUCGCGUCUUAGCCCUGACUACCGACGUGGCUUUGCUCAUUAACGCCAUCAAGGAGUCCGAGAAGCUGGAGUUUCUCGAAGGCUACAAAGUACGCACAAAGACAAAUCCCACAAUAUGGCCUAUUCGCGACGUGAUCGAGACUGCAUUUAAUCCAGCCGCUCAAGUGGCUGUUUCAAAUGCGGCAGUGAACACAGCAGUUGGCCAAACACUAGAAAGUGUAAAUAAUGAUAUACAAAAGACUAAUCAAUCAGCGAAUGCUACAGCCAGCGUUGGCAGCGUUAACAGUAUUGCGCCCGGCAGUGGUGGCGAUGAUGUUAGCGUUGCGGCCACACAAACUGUAGCUGAUGACAAUAAGAAUGCAGCAACUCCCAUUGUGGCUGCCACGCCUACGGCAACGCCCACUAGUGGUGUGGCGUACCCCAGCGAAGUGCCCUUACCGCCCAUACUUACCUCAGCUAUGGCAACGAAACCAUUGACUAGCAUCCCGCCACCGCCAGUGCCACGCAACUCUCAAAAUUUGGUCUCCUCGCUGUUGUUGCAGCAGGUGAAGCAAAUGCCGACGCCAGCUGUGAAUGCGGAGAAUGCCAUAAGCGCGCUCACACAAAAGGUGGCUGAGGUGGAAACUGGCAGUGGUGCUGUGGCUCAGUUGGCCGAUCACUUAAGUGGUUUGGCCGAAUGCGUGAAGAUGCCAACACCACCUACACAAACGCAAUUGACGUCGACGCCACAGAAAGUGCAACAGGGUGGCGGUAAGAGGAGAGAGGAGCAAGGCGCACCGAAAGACAACACUGGAAACACAGCGGCGGAGGUUGUCGACGAGACGGCGGGCGAUGCCUCUGAGGGCAUGUGGAAAGAGGUAAAGAGACGCUCAAAAUCAAAUGCUUUAAAAGAUACUAAAUCUCCCAAUCAACAACACUCCACACAAUCGCUAUCCACACAAAAACAACUACAACAAAACAUUAAAACAUCCAACACAAAUGCUACCUCUGUAACGAAAUCAUCAUCGAUCACGCCAAACAACAAUAACAAUAAUAAUGUAAACAAAAUCGAUACAAAAACAAACACGGCAACAAACACAUUGAUCACUUCGAACGCCUCCUCCGCCACAUCGAAUGCCAAAAAUGCAAUUAACACCAACAACACUACGAACGCCACUACCACAACCACCAUUAUCAACAACAAAACAGCUUCUCCGCCAACCCCUCAAUCAGCAGCAGCUUCAGUUGGCGCCACCACAAAUGCCACUGAAAAGGAAGAACUAGAUUUUCAAUUCGACGAAGAGCUUAUGGAUCCCAUCCCAGCAUCUGGACGUAUAAAUAAUUUCACCGAAAAUUUCUCUGAUGACGACGAAUCCGACUACGAAUUUGCUGAUCGCGACAUCAAUAAACUGCUGAUUGUGGCACAAGUACAACGUGCACCGAAACACGAAGGCUACGAUCGCACUGCCGACUACCAUUCACGCACGAAAAUUACACAAGAUCUCGAGAAUGUUAUAAACGAUGGUUUAGCCAAUUACGAAGAAGAUCUCUGGACCACAUCGAAUGUGGGCACAGCUUAUCGCACGGUAAAUGUAAUAUCACAAGAAGAUUUUGAAAAAAUGAGUGGUGGUCGCGGACAACGCAUCUACGCACAACAGGCACCGCCACCACCGCCGCCAGCCUAUGAGGAUGAGGACUCCACACUGAAUAGUACGCUCAAUUCAACAUUGAAAUCACGUCGUGCACGCUUCUAUGCCGCGCCCAGUUCACAUUCAAUCGAUCCGCGUACACCACGCAAACGUAAAACCCGCCAUUCAUCGAAUCCACCAGUGGAGGCGCAUGUCGGUUGGUUGCUCGACUCGGUCGAGCAUCGUCCACGUACCACCUCAAUGGGUUCGUCGGCGGGCACUUCACCAACGACCUCAUCCUAUGGUUCAUCUGUGCCACAAUCAUUGCCGGUCUUCCAACAUCCCUCGCACUCGUUGCUAAAGGAAAACAAUUUCACACAACAAGCUUACCACAAAUAUCAUUCACGUUGCCUGAAGGAGCGCCGUCGUCUAGGCUAUGGCCAAUCACAGGAAAUGAACACACUGUAUCGUUUCUGGUCAUUCUUUUUACGUGAAAAUUUCAACAAAACAAUGUACAAUGAAUUCCGCGCUUUGGCGCUGGACGAUGCCAGCCACGGUUUCCGCUAUGGAUUAGAGUGUCUCUUCCGUUUCUUUUCGUACGGUUUAGAGAAGAAAUUCCGACCAAAUGUCUAUGAGGACUUCCAGGACGAGACAAUCGCCGACUAUGAAAUUGGUCAACUCUAUGGUCUAGAGAAAUUCUGGGCUUUCCUCAAAUACUACAAAAACGCUGAUAAACUUACGGUGAAGCCAAAAUUGGCAGAAUAUUUGAAAAAAUUCAAAACUAUCGAAGACUUCCGUGUCGUCGAGCCCGAAAUCAAUGAAAUGCUGCAAGGUGUUGGCAGUCUUGGUCGUGGUCGUAACCUGAACCGGUUACGCAGCGUCUCCGAGAGUGAUGGCACAACGGUAGUCGGCGUCGGUGGACGCAAACCGAACACCACAAUCAGCAAUCGCAGCGACUAUGUCGGUAAUCGGCCACAAUAUCAGCAACAACACCAACAGCAGCAACAACAACACAAUAAUCAACCGGCCGGCAAUUAUGCCAACUUCAGCAGCAACCGACGCCGCACCGGCUCCUUCGGCAGUGGUAAUGUGCGCGUACGCAGCGGCUCGUUAGGAAACAAGCCGCAAGUGGUGUCACGCAAUAACAAUUACCAUCAUCAUCAUUACGGCAGUUCACCACACGAGCUGCGUCGUGGCGGCAGCAAUUCCGGUCUGGCACCGCACAAACAGCAAAACCGCCAACAACAGCAACAGCAUCAGCAGCAACAACACCAGCAACAGGCGCAAAAGUCUAAACAACAACAAGUACAAAACAAGGAUUCCAAUAAUGCGCCGGGCGCAAACACAACAGCGACGAAGAAAGAAACUCAUCAAAACUAUGCGGCGGCGGCGGCAGCCAAAUCAAAUAAAUCGAUAGUCAACAAUAAUACAGCAACAAAAGUCAUUGCGCCAGCCGCAACGGCAAGCGUAGCGUCGGGGAUGAAUGCAACGUCAGCGGAGAAAUAAUUCUUUAUUAGCAUGGUUUUCCUUGAAUACAAAAACAAAAAAAAACACACACACACACUUAUUUGCUACUGAUAGUUUAUCUUAUUUUAUUCUUUAUUAUUAUAAUUAUUACUAUUUUUUUGCAUAACGUAUGUAUUUUCUUCUAGUUUUUGAGUAUUUUCAUGACUGCAAGCGACACACACACAUAUUAAAUUAGUACAGAAGACGCAUAACGGCAAACUAAUAUGUAGACACCGGAAUAAAUAAUGCAAGUGAAUGCAACAAGUUCAAAUGAUAGCGAAAUAUCAAGUCAAAUCAAAUUAUAACAAAUAAAAGUAGUAAACCCUUAGCAAGACGGUUGCGCAAAAAAUUGGCUUUUGCUCUCUGGCAUUCUUAAUAAAUACAAAUACAAGCAAGGCCAAGUUGGAGUGCAACGUUUAAAGAGAAAUCACGUUAAAACCUAUUACAUAUACCUGAAUUUUGUUUUUGUUUUUCUUUACUUUUUAACUUAAUUUAUGAAACAAAUUAUGAAGAUGCUCAAAAUUCUGCUAAAAUUUAUGGAAAAACCCACACAUUAUAUAUAUAUAUACUAUUACAACUAUAUUGUCAUGCAUGUUACUAUUAAUUGUAAAUCUAAUUUCAUAGACGUUCAAAGCGUCGCUUUACGACUAUACAUAUAUAUAUACAAUAUAUAUAUAUAUAUAUAAAUCAACCGAACAUAUAACGUUAAAGAAAUAUAUUUGCUAAAGUGACUUUUGUAAAAAUGCGAAAAAAGCGAAAACAAACAAAUAUGCAUUGAUAUUUUCAAAUUAAAAAAAGGCAAACAAAGGGAAUGAGGUUGAAACCAGAAUAUAUAUUCAUAAAUACUUCCAUAAGUGAAUGGUUGAGAGGAGUAGUGAGUAGGUUUAAAUGCAACGGUUGUAACGAGCAAAUCUUUAGCUCAACAGAUGUUCACCAAAACACAACGAAUACGAAGCAAACGAGGUAUACACCCACAAAUACAUACAAACAUAUAUAGGCAACAUUAAACCGUUGCGCUAAGCCAAUGGGGUAACUAUUGAGCAAUAAUGCAUUGUUGAUGAAUAACAUUAAGAAUUACUACUGCAAGAGGAGUUGGAGAAAAUGCAAUCAAUUUCACGUAAAUAUAAAUAGGAUAUACUAUAUAUACAUAUAUUAUGUGCUGGACUACAACUUUUGGGUAAACACAUUUUUUUAAGUAAAAGUAGAUGCAAGUAAAGAGCGUAGCAAGCAGCGGACACAGUGCAGCCAAUUGUGUGUGUGUGUGUGGACAGUGCCAACGAAAUUAGUUAGCUGCAACGGUAAAUUAGUUAAAAGUAUAAAAAAAAUACGCGUGGAAGGCACACAAAGCACUGCUGCACUGUGUUACAUAGCGGAAAUUAAUAGAAAUUUUUUUUAGAAAGGGAAUCGCUUAUAUAUGAAGUAGUAGGGAAUUAGAAAAAAAAGUGAACGUGCAGAAGGCAAAUAGCUAAGUUAAUGAACAAAAAAUGCAUAUUAUGCAAAAAUAUUUAUGCUAAGUAAUUUGAAAAAAAAAUGAAGUUAUUUAAAAAAUACAACUACAAAAAUUAUGUAAAUUAAUGCAAAAUAUGACAAAGCCAGACAUAACAAAUGUAUACAAGCAUUGCUAAGCCAAUGAAAUUUAUAUAUUUAUAUUAUAUAAUUAUAUGUUAUUUAGUAAGCGCUUUAUGACGUUGACAACUUUCAAACAAAAAACACUAUAACUAACCAUAUAUUAAUAUGUAUAUGUAAAUAACAGUUAUAUAUAUAGAUUGAUACUUGAUAUUAAAUGCAGAGCGCAGUAACCGAAAAAAUAACAAUAAAUUUGUAUGGUAAAUUAACAUAAAUUUAUAAAAGAUUAAAAUAUUGUAAGCGUUUAAACGCAAUAACUAUGUACACACUUGAUUAAAGCUGCAAAAACAACUAGCUAAACUUAAAGCAAGACAGCUGUAGAGUCAUAAGCAUUUAAACAAGAAAAA